UGUUUUGUUUAAAAAAUAAAUAUCUGUUAAGUAAUAUAUAAUCAUUUCCAACAGCGAUAGCAAAGGCAAAAUCUACGAUGGCGAAUUUGGCACUUUUUCUCCUUCUCCUAAGUGGACCGCUGCUAACAGAAGCCGAUCCACCGACUACAAUGACGUUGGCGUUGAACAAAUAUUGGAAACUAAAACCUGGCUAUUAUCUAGUGACGGACAAAUGUAGAGGCUUAGGACUUAGCCUUUGCGGCAUUCAUUACUCCAACAUUCUUCACAAUUAUUGCAUACACUUCGAGAGAUUUUUUGAAUGCUUUGGCGACGUUCACGGAUGUAGUGAGCAAUUCGAAUAUGCAUUUCACGAUCUUUGUUUUAGAUUCAACAAGAGUAACCGAAACGAGGUCAGCUUGCGAAGAAUAUUAUUCCUUGUGAUUGGCGCCAUAUUAUGUUCACACAUGUAA